GGCAAAGAUGCCGUGGCAGAAGGGCCAGGUGGGAGUCUCCGCAGCCAUGUGUUUCUGAUCAUCCCUUUGUUUUCUCUUGUAGGCUAACGAUUCAUGCAGAGUGCCCCAUGCACCUGGAGGACUUCCCAAUGGAUGUGCAUGCUUGCCCACUGAAAUUUGGGAGCUAUGCCUACACAAAGACAGAGGUGAUCUACACAUGGACACUGGGGAAGGAUAAAUCAGUGGAAGUAGCGAAGGGUGGAUCUCGCCUGAACCAGUAUGACCUGCUGGGCCAUGUUGUUGGGACAGAGAUGGUUCGAUCCAGCACAGGGGAGUAUGUCGUCAUGACCACACACUUCCACCUCAAGAGGAAGAUUGGGUACUUUGUGAUCCAGACCUACCUACCCUGCAUUAUGACGGUCAUCCUGUCCCAGGUUUCUUUCUGGCUUAACAGGGAGUCCGUUCCUGCCCGAACGGUUUUUGGUGUCACCACUGUCCUCACCAUGACCACACUAAGCAUCAGCGCAAGAAACUCAUUACCUAAAGUGGCGUACGCGACGGCCAUGGACUGGUUCAUAGCCGUCUGUUACGCCUUUGUGUUUUCUGCGCUGAUUGAAUUUGCCACCGUCAACUACUUCACCAAGCGCAGCUGGGCUUGGGAUGGCAAGAAGGUGCUGGAGGCCCAAGAGAUGAAGGUCAGCCCUGUGGCCAAGGACAGGGAGGAGUGGGUGGUAAAGAAACGCUGCACGAGAGAGCUGCGCUGGGGCCAGGAGUGG